AUGAGUGCAGAAGAUAACUCCCAAAUUAUCGGUGAUGGAGAAAUGCGACUAAUGAAACAUAGCGAUCCAAAUGCAGCUCUUGUAUUACUCUUUGGAUGGGCUGGUUGCAGCGAUCGAUAUUUGGCAAAAUAUGCCAAAUUCUAUGAGAAAAAUUACUCGGUCUUACGCUUUACAGCUGAUAUUCAGAAAAUCCGCUCUUUUUCAUCCUAUCGGAAAUUUGCAUUGGAUAUUUAUGAAAAGAUUCUCGGAACAACGACAGCACUAUCCAUAUACUGUCACAUGUUUAGCAUGAAUGGUUGUUCAACGUUUUGUGCUUUGUGGGAUCUGCUGGAUACAGUUGCGGAUUGUGAAACACUGAAGUCGAAAUUUAAAGGCUUGAUUUUUGACAGCUCUCCAGCAUAUGUGACACCAUGGCAAGCAGCAGCGGCAAUAUCAUUUGCUCUGCUGCCACCACCCACCCAUGGCAAGAUUUUACGUGAAAGUUAUCGCCUGAUGCUUGCUGGCUACUUUUCAGUACUUAGUUCCAUGAUUUGGCUUCGAUCUCAGUGGGAUAAAAAUGUUUAUGAGCGGAACUAUUCUUAUUUUCGGAUGUUGGCGAUGAAAGAUUUACCAAAAUAUCAGCUUUAUAUCUAUAGCUCUACGGAUUCCAUUUGUUCGGCAGAAAGCAUUGAGGAGUUUAUAAUGCACGAGCAUGAACAAAAUGCAGAAAUUUCAAAGUUGUUUUUCAAUGACACACUUCAUUGUCAGCAUUAUCGACUUCAUCCAGAAGAAUACGAGCAGGCUUGUGUAGAAUUUCUGAAUAAAGUGUGA